GGAUAGUGAAAGUCGUCUGGUUAUUUAACAUUACAUACCGAUAUGUUUUGAGUACACUUGGUGAAAAGUCUCUUAACCGGUCAUGAAAUGGAACCGGUGUACUUUCUGCCAUCAGAGAUUGCUCGUAUGGUACUAGGCUAUCUGAAGCGGGAGAACUGUGCAAAGGCCUAUAAAGCCUUGCUGAAAGAGUCUAGCCAUUUGGGAGAAUAUUCAGCCUUGUUGAAACAGGGUAGAGAAUAUCCAACCACAGUUGCUGGGAAAACUUUGACAGAAAUGCUGCAGGAAUAUGGCCACAUCAAGCUGAGAGAGACAAGAACACUGAAAUGUGGCCAACCGGCAACUGCCCUGUGGAAGCAGUUUGAUGAGCUUGUGAAGGUUAUUAAGCAGCAGGUUAGCCCUAAGCAACUCCAGCAGCCCCACUCUAAGCAAGGUCGUCCCCGGCUUUCUGACAGGAUUUUAUGCACAGGCAGAUCAAGUGACCCAUUGCCAGAAGUCGUGUCGACGAGGAUUAGCUCUGAUGUGGAGGAAAGACGUAGUGCCAGCAGCUCUGCAGAAGGCUUCCAGUCUGUUGCAUCGCCAGUUACUACAUGCCCAUCUCUGGUAUGUCAUACAGGCACUCCUGCUUCAAUGACAGCUUGCAGUUCUGUUCAGACCACUGCUAUGUGCACAGGAGUACAGGAGCUUGUUACAAGACCAACUGGGACUGCAGUGUAUUCCACACCUCCUAAGAGUUGUCAGAAAAUCACAUACACAUCGCAGUUGACAGUAGCCAAGAGCCAUCAAUCUGAGGUAGCCAGUGAUAGUACAUAUUUAUUGUCAGAAGAUUGUGGAUAUCCAGUGUGUCCUGGAAGUUGUGGCUUUGAUCAGCUGCAAGCUAAUACUGAGGAUCUCUCAGACUCUGAUACAGGGGCGAUAACCAAGGCACCCAACUCUGUGCAAGCUGGUGGUAGUAUAUUUGGUGAAAACUUGGAAUUUAAUGCUACUGAGAAGACGGACAAUGUUCCUGAUUCGUGCACUGUAAAACCUCAAGAGUCAUCUUCUGAGCCGCAAAUGGCACCAUCUGAGGCCCAAAGAGAAGAAGUGAGAAUGGUGAUGGUCGAAGAUGAAACAGAAAAAGAACUCCAAACUCCCAUGUCAGUGUGUCAGCCUGUUAGUCAAUGUGAAAAUGCCAUAGAUUCUUUUGAACAAGCCAAAGCCUUGAACAGUCCAUCUGUGGGAGGUAACCAAGUGUCAGCUGCUUGGCAUGGCAUGUCCCGACUCUCGGAAUCGGCUUUCAGUAGCAUAGGCCACACGUCAGGUAUAGGAGCUACAACACCUGUUAAACAGACUUCAUUGAGUGAACAUGUCCAUGUUACACCAAGCAAGAGCUGCUCUUUCCUGACCACAAACAGCACCAAAGGAAAAUCACCUAGGAGGAAAAGGUUUGCUCCCAAGAGACGAUCCUCUGGAGCUGCAGGAAUCGGUGGCAUUGUAACAAGUGGACUGCCAGGGACUGGCACGGGAAAUGUCCCCAGGAGUGUCGAGGGAUCAGGGGCACAUAAAUUAGGGCACAGCGAAGAGUCACUUAUCAGUCAUCAUGAAGACAGUAUGGAUAUUCCAAGUCUGGUAGAGCAAUUGUUGGAAAACACAGAACUUCAGAAAAAGUUGGCAGAAAACAUCAAUAAAGGUCGUCAUCUUUCCUGUGAUCCAGCUGAGCAGAAGCCAGAGGGGCAGCCCCAACAGAGAGUGCCCCCUGUGACCCCCAGCAAACCACCCCCCACCCCCAGGAACACCUCUAUGCAAUCAUUGGAGGACAUACUUGAUAUACACGAAGCACAGAUGUCUGAUGUGGAGAUGAAUGGAAUCAUUGACAUGACACGGUCUGACCCAGCAUUUGAUGCCCUCUUUCAGUUAUUUGAUAAUGGGAAUGAACAAGAUGACAAGGGGGCUGGGGACCCGACUCUUUCCUUCUCCUCUCAGAUCAGGAUGGCCUUAGAAACAGACGAAGACCAGCAGCAGAUAGAAACAGACAUGGCCACGGCUACUCUGCUGCAACUGUCUGAACGACCUUCCACAUCCAAUUGUGAGACAGCCCACAGUAAUAGCAGAGUAGAGUCUUGCCAAAGAGUGCUGGACUGUGGUCAGUUUGGUGAUGAUGGCGAGCCUGUCCAGAAGCAGAUGGGAAGUGGCCAAGAAAUGGACACUGAAGGAGCCAAAGGAAAUGGUCUGAGUGUGAACAGUGAUACAAAAGUGUGUGAACAACAGAGUAUGAGUGGCUGCCAUGCCAACCAAGCUAGCAGCAGCCAUGUUGGAGUGGGUAUCGUUGAAAAUAAUUUUCCAGCAGUUUCUGGGUCAUGUGAGAGUUAUGAGAAAGUUGUUGAGAUAGUUACCACUGUCCAACAUGAGGAUGCCUCCUGUAAUGACCAAGUGCACAGAGCAGAGAGGAGAAAUACUGGUCAGAACACAGGGGACAGCAAAGCUAGUGUUUGUACUGCCAGCACAAACCAUAGUCCGGCUGGUAAAUCCCCAGGUGGGGCCAGGUCUGUCAGUCAGAGUGUGACGACGAAGACUGAUCUGCUGUCAGAUAUCAGGCCCUGCUCGAACAGGGCUUGGGUUGAUGCGUCCAGGCUUGAAUUUCAUGUAACAUCAGAGAGCACAUCCUCUCCUGCUCAGAGUUAUCACUCAUCUGUGCUAGGUCACAGUAGCAAUAAUGAUGCACCCAUAAGUUCUACAAGGGCAACAAAACACCCGCGGAAAGGGAAAAGGCCCCAGAACUCUGCAAAGGUCCAGAUAAAAACAUCUUGCGAACCAGUGGUUGUGGUUCUGGCCGAAAACAGUGGAGGAAGCAACACUGUAAAUGAUAUGGAUCAAGGAACCAAAAUGUCAGAUUAUCACAAAGACACAUACAGGAGUUCCCAAGUAUUAACAGCAGAUGGGAAAGCCAAUGUAAUGCAGAAGAAGAACAAAGUUCAUUCAUCGACAGACGGAAGCAAUAAGUCCAAAAUUCCUUCCCAAGAGAAAGUGAACGUGUUAAAUACUUCUGAGUAUGUUCCACUUGGUGAUAACUUUGCACAUGACAGCUCAUCUGACCUUGAUGAUGGUCAUCGUUGUAAAGUGUCCAGUGAUCCAAUGCUAUCCUCUACACCAAAGUGUUCUUCUCACAAACUAGGCCUCAGGAAAUCUGAUGGCUGUCCAGGUCCAGCUAGCGGAGCCCAGGGCUCACCAAUGUCCAAGUCAACCAGCUCAUUUGAACUCGCUGCAGAGAGUUUUGCUGCUGGAUCAGAGCAGAACACAUCUGGCAGCUUAGCGACAGCCAGGAAGGGGGAUCUCACACAGUCUAGUUCCACUGUAUCACCAGGUAAACAUGACUUGCAUUAUGCCAGUACCAUUUUCCUACAGGCAAUCAGAAAUCUGGGGGCUGCUUUACUGUUAGAUAUUCUUUAGCCUCUGAAAUC